AUGGCGUUCCUUUUCAAAAGAAAUCCUAAAACUCCGGCAGAAUUGAUCAGGGUCCUCAACGACCAAGUGGCAAAGCUCGAUGGAUCUGGUGAUAAUAGAAAGAUACAGGACGAAUGCGGCCGUUACUUAUCACAAAUACGCAUCAUCUUAUACGGCGAUGACGAUAAUGACCCACAGCCAGAUCAAAUUGCCCAGCUAUCCCAAGAAGUUUAUUCGACUGAUUGCCUUUAUUUACUAGCAGCAAAUUUAGCUAAUUUAGCUUUUGAUUCUAGGAAAGACGUGGUAAUUUUAUUCUCUACUUUGUUGCGUCGUCAAAUUGGAAAUAGAUCGCCAACAGUUGAUUAUCUUCUAUCCCGGCCUCAAAUAUUACAAGUCUUGUUUAAAGGUCCUGAAAUACCCGAAAUUACGCUUACUACAGGUCAAAUCAUUAGAGAUUGUAUUAAGCAUGCGUCUAUUAAUAAAUUCUUGCUAAAUGAUAAAAUUUUUUGGAAUUAUUUCAGAUAUUGUUCAAGCAACAGUUUUGAAAACUCGACAGAUUCUUUCAAUACUCUUAAUGACUUAUUAACGGUUCACAAAAAAGUGGUCGCUGAGUGGUUGAGCAAUUCAAAUAACGUUGAUAUAUUCAUUAGAUCAAUUAAUGGAUUAAUAAGGGAUGGAAACUAUGUAACGAAACGACAAUCAAUAAAACUUUUAUCCCAAUUGAUUUUACAAAAGCAAAACAACAGUUUGAUGAUCAAAUAUGUCGAAAGCUCAGAGAAUUUAAAAAUCAUAAUGAAUCUAUUGAGCGACAAGUCUAGAAAUUUACAAUUUGAAGCGUUUCAUGUGUUCAAAGUAUUUGUGGCUAAUCCAAAGAAAUCACGGCCGGUAUUGGAUAUUUUAAUCAAGAAUAGAGACAAGUUAUUAUUGUUCUUAAAGAAUUUCUCAUUUGAUCGACGAGAUGAUACUGUUUUCAACGAAGAGAGAGAAUUCUUGAUUGAACAAAUUGAUGAAUUACCGAGAAUUAAUGUGUUGUCAAACAAAAGUAUCCAACAAAAAUAA